AUGGACAAAUACCAGUAUGAACCGCUGCCUUCCAACGGCAAGCAUAUCAGACUUGUGGUUCUACACCCUCGCGUGGCCUCGCGCCCCGAUGACAUCCGAAUCACGAUCGCCAACACACCCCUGGAAGCUGGACAACGGCUAUGGCCAUCCUUCAUGGCUCUAUCGUACGUGUGGGGAGACACAAACAACAGACCAGAUAUCAAAGUCAUCAAGUCGGCCGACGAUUCAGACUCCGAAGACGUCGUCUCCGCAAAGAGAAUCUCAGUGACAGCCAAUCUAGCAGAAGCACUCAAGUACCUGCCCUAUGCCGACAGCCACAUUAUCCUCUGGAUCGAUGCCCUCUGCAUAAACCAAGACGACCUGGAGGAGCGCGCGCAACAAGUCAAACUCAUGGCAGAGAUAUACUCCUCUGCCGAACGGGUCCUCGCAUGGGUCGGACCAAGUUCACACAACAGCAACGUCGCUCUAAACAUGUUCCACCGCAUAGCCGACUCCAUCGACGUCGACGUGGACAGCCCCUCGCUUGAGAUUCGUCGCAAGGAGUCAAAGUGGACAAAGGAGAGUGACACGGCUGCAAUGUAUUUCCAACUCCUGCUGGACCCUCAGUUCCCCUUACCUUGGGAUGGACCUGAAACCCAAGCCUUCGAGGCCUUUUUCGACAGGUCCUGGUUCGGGAGGCUGUGGGCUCGGCAGGAAAUCACACUGGGCGCAAAGGACGCCCUCAUACUAUGCGGUUCUUCGUCCAUGGAGUGGGCAAAAUUUAAAAAGGCAGCUAUUUUUCUAAGCAAAAAGGCCAAGGAUGUGAACAAUCCUCGGUUCCAGCAGUACUCUGAUAGAAUGAGUCUCGUGGCAGACACUGUCUCGCACCGGGGGCCGGCACGGCUCGGUGCCCUGCUGCGGCAGAUGCAGUGUACGGAAUGUGCGGAUCCCCGCGAUAGAGUCUACGGCAUCAUGGGUAUUUUUCCAGCUGUUUCGCAAGGUCUAGUGGAAAAGAUACAGCUCGAUUACACAAAGCCCGUGGUUCAAGUGUACAAGGAAUUGGUCCUCGCUGAGAUGGAGGUGACAUGCAGAGCCGAUCUGCUGUCGGAGUGUCGAUUGGCAGACUCCACUUCCCCGGAUUGGCGUCCUUCAUGGGUACCGAACUGGACGGUGAGGCGGCAGCGGCACUUGGUCAUGUCGGACCAAUUUGCGGAUGGGCAGUCGACCGUGGCGGCGUGUGUCGAAGGGGAAAGUUUAAGGAUCAAAGGUGUUUGCGCUGCUACAGUUGUGGAUGUUGUUCCAAUCGUCAUUCAGGACGCGGCGGCGGCGACCUCGCCGGUACCUCCGGUGGUGACGCUGAUCAAGAGACUUGCUACAAAGCUUGAUCUUUCUGAAGAAGCGAGGUACCAGUCUUCACAAGGGAAUAGUAUUCUUGAAGCGCUGUGUUACGUAUUUGCUGGUGGUAGCAGUCAUGUUGCAGAACAUCUGUCGGAUGAGCGGAUGACGGUGGGAACGCCCAGCAUAGCGCAGUUUAUGCGCUUCGUCAAGUUCGCUCUCGCUUUUGAUAUCGACGAUGCCUCGACUCGAGAGCUAAGCCAGGAGUUAAGAUCGGAUAUCUUGCUCUGCAUGGGCGUUCUGGCGCAGGCCUGCCAGGAUAGAUCACUGGUCAUUAUGGAGGGAGGGUAUAUCGGGAUGGGGCCAGUGCUCGCACAACCUGGGGACCAGAUUGCCGUGAUCCUCGGCUGUACAGCUCCAUUGGUUUUAAGGUCCUCACAUAUAUCGAAUCCAAGGGUGUCUGGCAACGAUGAUACCUUUACUGUUGUUGGACCUUGCGAUGUGUUUGGGUUGGACUGGGGACAGGCUCUUCUAGGUCCUUUACCAGAGGGAAUGCGUCUUAUAUGGAGUCCGUCUGCGCCAAACGGAGAUGCCAGCCCGGCAUUCAGGAAUAAGACUACAGGAGAAGACACGUUGUUGGAUCCCAGAAUCGACUGGGACUUGCUCCGUGUUGAAGGCAAGGAGUAUGCAUUUGUGAAGGCAGCUUCUACGACUGGCGCAGCAGGCGAUGUGACCAUGUACAAGAGACCUGAUGCGGCGUAUUUUGAGAAUAAAGGCAUCAAGCUGAGAGACUUUAAUCUAGUAUAG